AUGAACCGUCGUUUAGGGGAUCUAUGCCAGCGAUUGAGGAUCCCUCCCUCAGGUGUUCGUUCUUCGCCGUCUCCUGCUGCGAUUGAGCAGCAGCAAGGGAGGUCCGUGGGGGGUACAAGUCUGGGGCCUUGCCGGCUAAGCCGUUACUCCACAGCGCAGACUGACUUUGAUGGCGAGUGCGCGAUGGUGGAGACUGCCGCGGAGGGGCGCCACUCAGGACGUACGGGGAAGCGCACCAUGGCUACCCGUUCCCGCCGCAAGCCACGCUCACGGAGCCUCGUUGGGGAAACGGGACGGGGUGUUUUUUCCCAAUUGCAGCGGCCAAUGCAAUCGAAGACUCCGGAGCUGAUCCGCGGCACAGGGCCUAUGUUGUUCACCCGCUUCGCAACGGUGUGCAAUUGGGGGCGCAGGAGUUCGAUCGAGAUCCUUGGUGAUGUCGAUAGGGAAGCCCGUCAUCAUAGCUACCAAGGUGCCGAAUAUAUACUAAGGCAUUCGCGUUUUUUCCAUCAGGAUAGCUUUCGCCUGACCACCGACGUCGAUGUCCAUCGUGGACGAUCGGCAAUGGCUCCUGCGCGACAGCAGGGGUACCCUUCUGUGGCGGAUGACGUAUCCAUCGCAAAACUCUAUGGUAGCCAGAAGAUAGACCAGACCAAACGAAUUCGACAACACUAUGGGCUAGAGGAGGAGCGGAUUGAGCAUCGACGCCUCCGGAAUCUUCCUGCAGGGAAGGAUGGUGCUCAUACGAAUAGUGGACGCAUCCACCUUCUCGGGGAGAAGGACCUGGGGGGAUAUGCGACCAAGGGAGCAGUGAAGCAUGCGGCUAUGGUGGACCUUGGUGCAACGCAAUCCUCUACCGGAUUAAACUCCGAACCCUAUUGGACGGCGUUCUGCACGAAGGAAUGUGAUUAUCGUUCCCCUUUCCAUGAUUACGCAUCGUCGUUACCGUCGUUGCAUGUGUCAAAACAUGCGGCCGGUGCAGCCUUUUCCUUUCUUUCCCCUGAAGACGGCGCAGACAUGCUUUUGGAUGCGACCAACGUGACAUCGUUCUCGCCUCCGCAGUUCACUUCUCAGGGCGUGGAUUGCUCGCUUAGCGUUUUUAGCGGCGCUAGCGGAAGCAUCAUGGCUACCCCUCGCGUAGAAAGCAUGGAGGUUGCUCAAAAAAGGUGUAACUCGGCCAUGUUGUCGACGCACGCAUCUCGCGCGAACCGCACGCGCGAGAUGCAAACCCCACUUUUGUCAUCGCCCUCUGUGGAAGGGUUGGAGGACUUGACGAUGAGCUUCUCGAUGCCUAGUAUGAGGUCUGCAUCAGCAGAGGCCGGUAGACGAGCAGUCAUAGAGCUUCCCAGGCGCCGUGCUUCAGUCCAGCUAGAAAGUGUGUCGAGUUUGUCAUUAUGUCAGGAGGCGUCAUCGUUUUCCCCUAGUAGCUUUGUGGACGACAUCGACAGGGCGGCGACUGGAUUUGUUUCCUCGCAGGACUCCAUCGGCGAUGUGGUGAAAAGCCGCCAGAAGUCCCGGAAAGGAAGUCGGUUUGCAAACAGGAGGGUUGGGCGUGCAAAAAGGGAGUUCGGUCGUCCACCCAGGGCUGCGCACCCGCCUUCCCGGCAGACCAUUCUUGAUUUUUCUUCCGCACAGAGGCAGUCCGCGCCGAGCAGCGGCGCAACGGCGAUGCCCGGCUUGCCAGGGAAGGGAAGGACUGUAGGCUCGCCUUGGCCGCGCUUCGAGGGUGAUCUCAGCCACUGCGAGCCCAACUUGCCAACCCUGCAGCGCGCAAACCGCCGCAUAGGGACGAGGCUCUUUAUGGGCAAAGAGCGCAAUACGGGAGCCCGCUGUGUGAUACGGUCGUGCGUUAUCACGGCGGGCAUGCUGCAGGGUCUCUUGGAGCUCCUUCAAGGCCAUCUGAACAAGCUGCGCGAGCGCAUCACGGUGGACGCUGCCCUGUCAUCCCCUUCAUGUCCAUCCGCUGCUCGCUCGACGAUCCAAUCACUGUCCAACAACGUAAUAGAAGACUCUUUUGAUCGAGAUGAAGUAGGUGCGAAACAUGGAGAGUUAGUGGGCGAUGGCACUUGGCCCGUUUUUGCCAUAUUGUCGUCUUGCACCGGUGCUGGUCCUGAAGGCUGCGAAAAAGCUUCUAGAAAACUUUUGUUGCAUCAGUUAACCUCAAAAAGACUACAUGAUGUGCUCGACAGCGCUUCCUCAAAUCUUGGCAGAUGUGAGUUAUUGCCCGGGCGUCACGCCCGCGACUCUUCUGAGGGUGAAUGCUUAAGCAUUGACCCUAUCCUACCCCACAGAAACUUUCUUCAUGACAGAAAUGAGGAGGUUGGCGAUAUCAACAGUUCGAAGUGUGUGCGUGCUCAGGCUUUGGAGUCUGAACGAUCAUUAAAGGGUGAUGUUGAUAAUCAUUUUGGUCUUCCGACACUGCUGAGCUGUGGAGGAAGUCGCGCCAACGUUUCCAUUCCAGCGCGCAGCACAGUCACAGGAUGGUCGAAGGAUGCUGCCACAAUGGGCGGGGUGGAUGAAAGAUCGCCCCAUUUAGGCCCUAUUCCUUCGGAUGUUCAACUCAAGGAGUUAUUCCUGGAUGAUAGCUUUGUUCGCUCUGUUCUGCAUAAUUUUUGCGCCAUUUUUAUGCCCAUGUUGCAGAGCGGCAACACGGUGGCGAAGCAGGCGGGAAGCUCCCAGGGGCAGGGUGAGGGAUUUAGGGCUGUAGCUGAAGGUGAGAAUAUUGCUUUGGUCGUCCCCGAAUCCCAUCAUCAUAGGGAUGAAAGCAAGCCACGACGAGAGGAGCAUCCGUUGGAGGAAGAUGAUGUCCAUGUAUCACCCACUAGCGCUGCGCCUCUGUUAGUGGAGGCAUCUGACGCGACCAAGUUGUUCCUAAUACUACCCACACUGGGUGUUGAAGUACAGGGGUUACUCCAGAUGGAAGGUGCCGACGACGCGGAGGAAACAGAGAGGCUCCAAGACACCUCCGCGACAUUCGAGAAGAAGGCCACCUGCGCGCCUUUUCCUUCCACGUCUUCGAUCCACCCAGUAGGCCCCACACAGCGAUCACUCCAUGCGGCAGGGGUUGACCAUUGUCCCGUGAACGGGGGCACCACUCCCAUAGCUCCAUCCCGAUCAUCCCAUCCAGCGCCACGCCAUUCCAGCCCAACGGCCUCCACCAACCUUACCACUUCCCUAGGGGUUACCCCAGCCGCUGAGGUGGACCAAAAAUGGGGCUCCACGGCCUCGACCAGGCGGCUAGACAAGGCUGUGCCAUUGUCGUCGUACGCAUCCGAGACUCCCGUGCUGGUUUUGAACCUUGCGUUACCUUACAUCUCGCAGGGGAAUCUCCGUGAUGUGUGGGAGGGCUACCGUGCAUCGUACAGGCAGCGGUGGCACUGUGAGGUGGAUCCGGUCACGCAGGAAAGCGUGAUUCGCCGCGCCGUGUGGGCGGUACUGCGACGGCUGGAGGUGCUGCAUCGGACCUUGGGGCGCGGCCAUGGAAGUGUUAAACUGACCAAUGUCUUUCCACUUCCAUUUGUAGGCGAGGCGGUUCAGCACUUUUUAGGCGAUGAGAACGCAACCGCUGAGAUGGGGAUGCCAAUCCAUGCAGAUCAGACUGAUGCGAGUGGAGAUAAUCGGCCUAAAGUGGCGUCAGGUGUUGAGGGGGUGUACAAAAGAUCAUCUAGAAGCCGUGCAGCGGAGAGCGAGAGGCAGCGUACACACCAGGCUGGUGCAAUCACAUCAGUGGAGCCGUCCCAGCCUGUGGAGGGGGGUAAUCUCUUGAUCGGUUUGCUGGAUCGCCCCGAGGUUGGGUCUGCGGAUACGGUGAUAUCAGCUUUGGAUUCACGGUUGUGCACCAUGGGUGGUGGUGCGGGCUGGCUCUUUGCCGCAGAGCUGCCAGCACACGGCUGGAACAUGCAGGUAAAUGCCCAUAAAGGGGAGUUAUUGGGUGUUAGAAAAAAAUCCCAGAGCAUUGAGCCAACGUCAACGGCCGUACAAGCGUCGGUAGAAAAAGAUAACGGAGAGGCUACAGCUCCGCGAUUGUCAUACGAUUAUCCCGUACUGCUUCUGCCAGACGGCGUGGUGAAAUCCCUUUCAAAAGGUGCCCAAGGAUCACCUGACGGACGUGAACUUCCACACUGCACCGUGGCAUCGAGGAGAGAUUUGGGGGAUACCGGGCGGUAUCCGCGUAAAUUCUCUACUUCCGACGCACUUCAACACGACAAAAGCUCGGUGUGGUCUUCCCAAGUCAUCGCGGCUACCAUGUCUGCUACUUCUACAUCUGGAAUGCCGUUACCGGUGUCGUCGACGCCUAACGAUUUGACCUCUAGUAUCACAGCGGCAGCGGAUGAUCCCCUAGGUGAUUUGUGGAGAUUUACUAAAGAAGUAAUUAUCUCAGACGAUGUCUACAACCGUCUUCAGUACGUCCUCCUGAGCGCGAUCGCGGAGAAUACUCUUACCAUUCCUGCGGAUACCUCCGAGGCGAAGGCUCCUCAAAGUAGACCUGUAGGGCUUGUGCAAAGCGAUAAUAGUAUUGAGAGGCGUGGGGCUGUGGCGCGGAAUUCGCCUUCAGUAGAACAACCGACCCCAUCGACAAAAGCGGACGAUGAUACUGACAUGGUAAGGCCGCAUCCUUGUCGGCAGCAGGUGCUACAUCGAUUGCUCUCUUGCGCGCAGGAAAAUCUAGACCUCGAGCUCUUCAGAAUUGAAUUGGCAGACCUGGUUCCACCACCGGAGUGUGUGGUGCCGGAGGCGUCGUACUCAGAGAUGUCUCCCGGGGGCCCCUCCGAUCACGGCUUGGAUGCGGACGCGCCUUGUCGGCCGCCCUUUCGCCAAACCCCGAGCACACGCCACCCGCGCACCAACCUCGACCCCGCGGGUGACAUCUGGCAGCUCGGGAUGCUGGCGAUCGAGAUGGCCGAAGGGGGCUUCCCGUCGUGGUUGGUGAACCAGCACGUCCCGCUUCCUUCUCUCCGCCAGCCCCACUGGUCGUUCCACUUCAACUUCUUUGUGCGGCGGUGUCUCGCAGUCGACCCCGCGCAGCGCCCGACCGCGGCGGAGCUCCUCACCGACCCGUGGUUUUCCGCACAGCUGAGGUGGGAGGACCGGGACCGUCGCGUGUGGGCCUCCCACGUGGCCUCGCCGAUGGACCGCCGCCGUUCCGGGACCGGGGGGGGGCCCGAGACGGAACGGCUCAACGUGGAACGGCCUGGGGUGUGGGCCCCGGAAGCGCCUCUUCCCACGGCCCCUUCGAACGGCCGGCGUGGGAAACGGGGUGCGACCCCCUCGGCCUGGCAUGCCCACCGGGAGACAACGGGAGACCGCGACGGCGCGGUCGGGGGCAGCCCCCAUGAAGGGGGUGGGAACCCCUCGCCGGGCACUCGUCAUGGGCGCACCGCGCUCUGCUACGAGACGGACCGGAGCCUGUCUAAUGUAUUCCAUAAGUGUGUCCAGCGAUUCCCGUCGGUGUCGCUGCCCUUCCGGAGCGCGACGAGCGCGCUCGUCGCGGCUGGUGGGAGGGACUUGGAGUUCCCACACUCCCGCCCGCGUCGCGGGGAGGGAGGGAUCCUGGGCAACGACCAUAACACCGGCCCCACAGGGGUAUCCAUUGAGGGGCCCUUAUUUCCUCUUACGUCGGAAUACGGUGAAGCAUCGGUGGAGAGGGGUCUCUUGUCCAUCCGCGGCAAAGGCUCCGCUACUCAACCCCCUUCCCUCAUUUUUAGUCCUGCUAAACUCGGGGAAACAAAAUCUGUAGGUGUGUUGAGUAAUCGCGUCCGGGGUAGGUCCUUGGUCGUGGAUGGGUCUCAAAAGCGUUUAACCACUAAAGACCGGAUUUAUGAGCACCACACAGAUGGGCAGGAAUCUUUUUCUACCACUCCCUGUGUGGAGAGUCAACCAACAGCAAGUUGGAUUUCGUCCCAACUUCCCUUUACUCAGACUCCCAACAGAGAUGCCGCUACUGCGGUUACUUGUGGUCCCAGAGACGGUGGUGACGGUGAGACGAAUGCGUUGUUCUCUAACCAUGAGCGGUUUUCCCCUACGAAAGCGACGACUCGUGGCGGCGCAGUCUUAGCCCCACAUAUCCUUGACGUUAGCGUAUCUCCCCCUUCUACAAGGAAUGCUGAGCAGCAAACCACUCCUCAGCGCCCUGAUGACAUCAUAAACCCCACACAUUACAGCGGCGUCGAGUACGAACACGGGCUUAGCGGAGGUCCGAGGAGGACAGACCCCACGUGUCGCGUCCCGACUAAUGCACGGAAGGGAUCCCUGAUGAUUAAGCGAAAAACGACCAACGUGGACGCUGUGCAAAGCAGGCAACCCACGUCAGGGUCCGAGGGGCACACCAUGGAAGCCUCGCAAUGCACCAUCCUCACCCCUCGACGAGAUCACUACUCGAAGGCAGGGUAUAGUCAACAUUCACAGAGCUUCCAUGGAAGCAGUCAUACCCUUAAGCCGCUAGCGCCAUCCCUUAGCGAGGCCCAAAUGUUAGACGUGGGAGCGACCUGGAAGUCGCCCUCAGAUUCGUUCUCCGGCGGCUCCACUCUUCUCAAGGCCGAUCCACCGCCGCGCUGCUCCCCCUCCCUCGCGGGCCUCUUCACGGUUGCCAUGGACCGCUGCGCUGCGGAGGCGGCCCUCGCCGAGCGCUUCAGGCGCAUUCUGAAUCCCCCAAACGGGGCUCUGGAGGAGGGUCACGACGAUAGCGACUUUGGGGAAGAAAAGGAUCACACCUCUGCCCACCGCUACGCGGACAUGUUAUCAAACCUCUUGCAGUCAUUGAUCAGCCUCGACCGCGAAUUCCCGAACGCGGCGAGCCUUCUAUUAACCUCUCUGCUGCAGAAUCUUGGUCAGUGCCCGGGGCUGAAUGAAAUGGUUUUGUUCCCGCCGGAGUUGCGUCGUGUGCUGUUUCUUCCGGAAGAGGAGAAAAUUUUACGCGGUAUUUUGAGGUCGGAAGAGGUGUCCAGAAAGGCCACGGAUCCCCCGUUCACCAUUCUUCAAGCAAAAGGCAGCGAGGAGGACCAUGAGCACUGCGCUCCUCUCACUUCACCAUCCCCCUUGCCUGCUGUCGAUGGUAAUCCCACCGUUCAUAAAGUAUCACCUUCUGCCACCGCAGACUAUCCCUGCCCAAGCGCCUUUCAUCGUCAUGAGGUGUUGAAGUGGUGGGCCGCAAGCGUGCUGCCUUUGGCGGGAGAACACACGCGGCUACGGAGAAACGACGCCUGGAGCAGAACCAAGCGCAUUCCGAAUGGGGCCCCUCACGCGGAUGCCCUUCUCUUCGGAGAAGAUUCCAAUUUUGGGAGAAAAACUCAGUGA